AUGUCGAGCUCCCAGGGCGGAGGGGACUCGAAGCUGUUCGCUCGAGGCAAGGUUGCCGAACUGCGACUCGAGCUCAACGGCGGCGGAAAAAAGGACAAAAACUUCACGCAGAAGAAGAUUGCUCUGAAGAAGAUUGUCGCCAACAUGACGAUGAGCAACAAUGAGAUGGUCUCGCUGUUCCCCGACAUCAUCGCCUGCAUGCACAUCCAAAGUCUGGAGAUAAAGAAAAUGUGCUUCCUGUUCCUCGUCAACUACUCGAGAAUGCGCCCCGAGAUUGCCGUAAAGGCAAUCCCGUACCUGCAGCAUGACAUGGAAGACCCAAACCCACUAGUUAGAGCUCUAGCACUCCGAACCAUGUCCUACGUCCACGUCAAAGAAUUCGUCGAAGCUACUGUCCCACUCGUCAAACGGCUCCUCCGAGAUUCCGACCCGUACGUUCGAAAGACGGCCGCCUUCUGUGUCGCGAAGCUAUAUGAUCACGACAAGUACAUGGUUGAACAAUCGGAUUUGAUAGACAGGCUGAAUCAGCUCUUGAGGGACGACAACCCUACUGUGGUGGCGAGCGCAUUGGCCGGGCUGAUGGAUAUUUGGGAGCGGAGCGACUCGAUAAAACUCACCAUCGACUACAGCAAUGCUUCCAAGAUGGUAGCCAUCCUGCCGGACUGCUCCGAAUGGGGUCAAACGUAUAUCCUGGAGGCUCUAAUGUCAUAUGUGCCUCAGGAGUCGGGUGAAGCGACGCUCCUCGCGGAGCGAAUAGCGCCACGGUUAUCGCAUUCGAAUUCGUCAGUGGUCCUGACAUGCAUCCGGGUGAUCUUGUAUCUCAUGAAUUACAUCGCGGACGAGAAGCAGGUCUCGGCGCUAUGCCGAAAGCUGUCUCCGCCACUGGUAACAUUGUUAGCAAAGGGUCCGGAGGUUCAAUACCUUGCGUUGCGCAAUGCCCUGCUCAUUCUUCAGAGGAGGCCAGACGUCUUGCGCAACGACAUUCGCGUUUUCUUCUGCAAAUAUAACGACCCGAUCUACGUCAAGGUCACGAAGCUCGAGCUAAUAUUCAUGCUCGCUAACGAGAAGAACAUUGACGAGGUGCUGACCGAGCUUCGGGAAUAUGCGACGGAAGUCGACGUCCACUUCGUCCGUAAGGCGGUGCGCGCCAUCGGUAAGCUGGCUAUUAAGAUUGAGCCAGCGGCGAGACGGUGCAUAAAUCUGCUCCUGGAAUUGGUUGCGACUAAGGUCCCAUAUAUCGUUCAGGAGGCCACUGUGGUCAUCCGCAAUAUAUUCCGAAAAUACCCCAACCAGUACGAGUCCAUCAUUGGUACGCUAUGCGAGCAUCUCGACUCGCUCGACGAGCCCGAGGCAAAAGCGGCGAUGGUAUGGGUGAUUGGGCAGUACGCGGCGCGGAUAGAGAACAGCGACGUCUUACUGGAAGACUUCCUGUACUCGUUCGCGGAAGAGCCUGUAGAGGUGCAGCUCGCGCUACUGACGGCGACGGUAAAACUCUUCAUCCAACGCCCCACCAAGGGGCAGGACCUGGUACCCAAGGUGCUCAAGUGGGCCACGGAGGAGACGGACAACCCAGACCUCCGGGACCGGGCGUAUAUGUACUGGCGACUACUGAGCACGGACAUGAACGCGGCGAAGCAGAUGGUGAUGGGUGAAAAGCCGCCCAUCACGGCCGAGUCGGAGAAGCUCGACCCUAUGACACUCGAGGAGAUGUGCCUCAACGUCGGCACCCUCGCGACCAUCUACCUAAAGCCGGUGCAGACAGUAUUCCGCAGCGCCCGACCGCGGCGUCUACCCGACUCGCCGGCCCUUCAGAAACACACACUGCCCACGGCGUCUAACCUGCCCGCGUUCGAGACGCAGAAGAGCCUCAGCGCCUUCGGCAUGGGCGGGCAGGCGACGGCGCUGCGGCCGGUCGACACGCAGCUCGCCGCGGCGGCUGGGAUCGGGGGGAUGGCGGGCAUGGCGGGCGUGAACGCUAGCCCGUCGCCAAGCCCGCACCCGAGCGCGAGCGACGACAACAUGGCGAGCGCGGUGAGCGAUGCCGACGCGUACUUUGCGGGGAUCGGCAGCCAGCAGAUGGCGGCGAUGGGGAUCCACGAUGACACGCCGUUUAGCGGCGGCGGCGGCGGCGCCGAGGCUUCGUACGUGGUCAACCAGUACGCACCGCAGCAGGUCUUCCAGCCGGCCCAGGGCGUCGGGAGCAACGGCGACCUGCUCAUCCUAUAA